AUGACAGCGACAUGCAGCAACAACACCCGGAAUUGCGCAUGUCUCAUGGGAGUUGGUUGUCGACAGAUCGGGCAUCGUCUUUGGCAAGGUGAGGAAAGCUCGCGUCACAUGGGGCUCGUUCCAUUGCGCUAUGCCAGGACUUCUGCGUCCGAUCGCAUUGCGGAGAGCCCUUUCCCGGACUUCGAUGAAGGUUUGGAAAAGGAGUUGGACGCUUUGGGCAGGCCAUCACUGAAACAAGGGUGGCGUGAGGAAGAGGUUUCCCGUCCCGGCGCAACGAAGCAGUCGGUCGUGAAGUACGCGCCGGAUGAACUGGGUGACUUCAUCCUUUCCCUUGCCGUCCGCCGACAGAUGACCGGUUACGCCUUGCUUCGUUUCCGAGAUUUAUUGCCCUUGCAGCAGCUUGUUCUGCAAAAGAGGUUUGGCCUGGUGGACUAUGCCAAGCAUGGUGCCGAUGACGUCCGCAUCUUUCCGUCUCUGCUUUGCCCAGCUUACCAGACAUACCACGUGACGUGUGAGGCACAGCAGAAGGGAUUGGAGGUGUUGGCGGUGUUGCGAGAUUUGCGACAGGCACGGCUAUCAUUUCAGGAUGGAGGCCUGGAGAAGUUGCAAGUUUUUGCCGAACAGAUCGCACCACAGAAGCUGCUGCAGCUCGUCGGUGAGAGCGAGGAUUCUGAUGUCUUGGAGGAAGAAUUUCGGCAAAGGCAAUGGAAAUGGGUUGUCGCCAUGGACGACUCCACCAUCGAUCGCGGCACGCCGAAGACAGUUCGGGAAAGCCACGCUCAACGAGUCGUGUCGAUGUUGCAGGGCCUGGUAAUUGCUGACUGCAAGAGGGUAUUCAAGUCUGCGCCGCAAGUGAUCAACCCCAGAAGGAGUCGCUUGCAUGUGGGGGUCCGGGGCGGCCCCAACGAGGAAGCCAGGAAGGAAUUGUUUGACAUUGCAUCCAAAGAGGUGCCUGACUUUCCCGUCAUCAGAUACCGUUCGGAGCUAUUCUGGCAGCAUUUCUGCGGACCUGUACAGUUGUACGAGUACUCAGGCACCCGUGUUUGCAAUGAAUGGCUGCGGCGUGCGCUUCCUUUCACGGCUUCAGCUGCCAGGAUGGCGCAGCGCGUGGUCCUUCUCGCUCAGAAGCGUGAGGACCAGAAGUUGAUGGCCUUUCUCCGUGAACAAGCGCGCAGCUCAGCAUGCCUUAACCGAGCUGCGUUGUACGUUCCCGCAGAGCCUCAGGCCAUCGGGUCCAAGCCCAUCAAAAAGCUCGCACAGGCAGAGUCCCCCAAGAGUAAACUGUUGCCAGCUGUGAUGCCUGGAGUUCAGGCUUCAGGUGUGGGGCUCUGCCUGUUUGCUGAGCAGAGGUCCCAGGUCCAAGAACAGGGCAAAAAGUCGCAAGUGGAUUCUGAGCAAGUGUCCCUUUGGGCUCGCCUGUUUCGCCUGGUGACAACACACUUGGAGUUCAUCUGCAAAAAGGUGAUAUCGGAGCUGUACCCGCGCCGGGAGAGCAAAGAACUCUCUGAUGUGCAGAUGGAGAAGAAGAUUGAGGCGAUGGUUGACGAGAAGUUGAAUAAGAUUCUGAACGAGGCUCUGCUGUGA